AUGCUUAGAUUUAAGCCAGGAACAAAGAUCAGCGACAAAUUUUACGCUCGCCACGAUGGAACCAGAAGCUAUUUCUUUGGAAAAGAAGAAUUUACUUUGAUCGCCGAAGCGGCUGGAUUUUCUGUUGAAUCUGUCGAAAUUUGUGAGAGAUCGACGACGAACGUAAAAGAAGAGCUCAAUGUGAAACGACUCUUUUUACAGGCUACGCUUGUCAAACAAUAA